CUGGGCGCGGCUGGGCUUAGUCGGGGCGGCGGGUCCGAGGCGGCGGCGGAAGGCGGCGGCGGAGCAGCAAAAGGCUCAGCAACAAAAGGCGGCGGAGCAGCGGCGGGGGCGGGAAGACCCAGGCGCAGCCCCUCCCCCUCUCUCUCCCCCCCCUCCCCAGUUCUCCGGUCGGUGCAAAGGGCGCCGGCCGCGCGCACCCGCCAGAGCCGCGCAGCAGCCCCCCGGGCCGGAGCAGGCGCCCCCGCCGCCCGGCAUGGAGGUGCAGAAGGAAGCCCAGCGCAUCAUGACCCUGUCGGUGUGGAAGAUGUACAACUCCCGCCUGCAGCGCGGCGGCCUCCGGCUGCACCGGAGCCUGCAGCUCUCGCUGGUCAUGCGGAGCGCCCGGGAGGUCUAUCUCUCCGCCAAGCUGGAGGAGGACGAGGAGGGGGGACUUGGGCCGCAGCCCUGCCUGGGGGAGGAAGGGGCCGGCCAGCCCCCACUGCCGGCCGCCGCCGCCUCCCCCGGCCCCCAGGCCCCGGAGGAGCGGGCAGCCCCCGCGGACCGUGGAAGCGCCCCGGGCGCCGGCGAUCCGGAGCCCAUGGAGACGCAGGACAGCAGCGGGGACCUGCCCCAGGCGCCCGCCCCUCUGGCGGCUCCAGCGCCCGGGGCGGGUAGGCGGCCGGCGCGGGGGGUUUCGUUGCCGCCCCCGGGCAAAGCCAGCAGGAAGCGGCGGAGCAGCAGCUUGGACAAGCCGGGGGCGGCCGAGGCCGGGCUGGUGCCCACCAAGAAGGCCCGGCUGGAGGCGGCGGAGGAGGAGGGCGAGCGGCAGCCCCAGGGACAGGACGGCCCCUUCCCCAGCCUGGCCAAAGUCCUGCAGACCCGCUUCUCCGGGAUGCUGCGGGGCGGCCCGCCCAAGGGCCCCGAGCCCACGCCGGGCUGCCGGCCCGGGGACGGGGUGCUCAGCAUACUGGUCCGAGCCGUGGUGGCCUUUUAAAUCCCUUCCCCGCCGCUUGGGGGGACUCGUGGCUGGGGGACCUGCCCCGCGGCGCGCAGCGGCUCGCUCGGCUCCUGGCGGGAGCCAUGGGGCGGGGGGGUCGCUUUUGGGGGCGCAGCCCCCCUCUCCCUGGCGGAGGGGGGGCGGGGAGCCGGCCGGGAGAGAGGCACACGAAGGCCGGGGAGGACAGCGGAAGAAGGAUCGGACUUUCCCCCCCACGCACGUCCCUCCCCACCCUGCUGGGUCCAGGGGGGAGGCGAGACAAAAGGACCGAGAGACGCCGCCGCUUUGUGUGCGUGGGAGCGGGGGGGCUCUGGCCCAAGUUCACGAUGGGGAAGAGAGACUCGCAGACCGGGCCGAGCUUCUCCUGCCUGCUCCUCACUGACAGAUGGUUUAUUUUUGUGUAGAGACGUGCUAUAUGCGGACUUGGGGUCAAUUGGUGCUAUCCCAUAACCCCCACCCCGGGGGGCGGGGGUUGGGGUGUUUGGUUUUUGUUUUUUUUUGGUAACUUGAAACUUUUUGGCCUAUUCUCCUCCGUCUUGUUCUGUGUCCUUGUGAUCGCAGCAUGGUUGCUGGGGGGGGGCGACGGGGGGGGCUGCAGACCUGGUGGCCAGAUGUGAGAUAAAGGGGUUUAAAAGAGAGCGAACAGUGCUGAGAAAUAUUCAAGAAAGGGAUCUGUUGCCUCAAGAGGGAGGGAAGGCUGGGUUUCUCCCGCCUGCCUCCUAGACUUCGUUCUCCAGCACCCCCAGAAAGUGGGGGGAUGGUGGAAGAUGGGUGUCCUACUUACUAGAUUUCUUUCCUCAGGGGUACUUUUUAAAAAAGUGUGUUUUUGUGUGUGUUUUUGUUUUUCAAGAGGCCUUUUUUCUUUUAACCAACUAAAAGCUCUCAAAGCAGGAUUCAGUAAGGAAACUUCCCCCACUUCCAGCCAGGCCUACAAGUUGACACACCACUCAUAUGACCAGUCAUUGCAUCACACUGGGUCUAGAAAGGCAGCGGGGAAUUUCCUGUUCAGACCGCUGGUAGAUUUUUGUGUGUGUGUGUGGAGCUGGUUUUUCAAGGUGUGGGUGGGGUGUGUGUCAGCUUGACUCAUUUAACCCUGUAAAGGGGAACUGAGACAAGGCUGCCUUCUGCUGCUUGCUCUUAAAAAUCAAAUAAAAGCUUAAAAAUAAUUUAAAAAAACCCUAUGAAAAUCAUAGACUCCAGAGGUAUUUUAUUUCCUCUUCCACCUGGGGGUGGUGGAGGGAAGUUUCCUUUACUCAGAGUUUUGAGUUAUUUGAACUAAUCUGUGUAAGAUAUGAUUAUUAAAAUUCUUGGUCUGAAAUGCUGAAGAUCGAAAGAGAAGAGCGUGUUUGAGAAGGGCAGAAAUCCUGGUGACCCACCGCCACCCUGGAAUCUUCAAAGGGAAAUUGUCACGUGUUCAAAUCCCAUUGUAAAACCCUGAGAAUUGGCCAUCUUUCUGUUGUCAUGGCUGGUGGGGCUAAGAUCCCUCCCCACGCCACUGUCUUGUUUAAAAGCAGAUGCCCCUCAAGUUCUCUUCGAGUCUAAGGAGAGGAGGGGCCGAUCAGUCUGUGUUUGUGAAUGUCAUGAUGGCUUUACGUGUAUGUGUGAACAAAAAUCAUUCUUUGGUUCCUGAGUUUGCUAGUUGCCUGCAGAGGAAACUAGCGAAUGGAUUAAACAAAUGGGGGGAAAACCCUACACAGUUGAGACAUUUCUUUUUAAAUGUUACCCAUGUGUCUUGAAUACUUGUAAUUUAUAUCUAUAGUUCCCCCUUUUUUUAUUGUCUUGGGGGGGGAAAACGGCAUGGACUGGGGUUUCCUCCUCUUGUGUCCUUAAUUUUUUUUUGUUAAAUAAAAUCCAUUUGUGAAACUGG